UGAUUUUCCUCUACGCCUCUACGUCCCUACCUCAGAUUUAUCUCGGGAUACUACAUUCAUCUCAAGAAAGCUUUGUUAUCAUGCCCAACGUUCGCAACGUCGUUCGUCGAUCUCGCCGAUUAUCACAUCAGUCACCGAUUGCAGCUGAAGAUUAUGUUUAUGAAGGGUCAUACUUCGCCCAGUCGGGCUAUUCAAGCGUUAGGACCGUUGACAUCCCUUCGGUUCAUGCCACCACCCCAUCUCCUGUUGGGACGCCAAUCUCUGCCUCUCACAUCUCUUCGUCACUAUCCCCUGUCCUUUCCCACUUGCUGUCGUUCCCCAAUCGUUCAUCGCACUCCCGUAAAAAAGAGGAAGGUCACAUACCUCGCCCUCCCAAUGCCUUCAUCGUCUUUCGCUCUUGCCUCUGGAGUAACGAGGAUUUCAGAAGCUUAGAAUCUGACCAUCGCAACGUUUCGCGCAUAGCGGGCGAGAGAUGGCGUAACUUGUCUGACGACGAGAAGGAACCUUUUGUGCAGAUGGCGAAAGAUGCUAAAGCACUACACGCGAAGAUGUAUCCCAACUAUAAAUACUCUCCCUCUCAUCGUACCCUCGCGGGACCGAAGCGGAAGGGGAGACGCAACAGCGAUGAGGAGAGAACCAAGUGUGACAUGAUCGCUACCCUCCUGCAGAAAGGAGUCGAGGGAUCUGCAUUGGCGCACGCGAUGGCACACGUCAAGUCUGAAAAUGAGGACGACGAGAUCAUACCAAAACCCAUCAUUCCUCCACAAGCACCCAUAGUCGUCCCCAGGGCUCUACCUCCCGUUCAAUCGCGCGAACAUCGCAGAAAGAAGGUCACUGCUCGUCCUCGAGUCAUGCGCCAAACCACCCCUCAGUGUCGCCCUGAAGGCCCUGAUCUCGCUGCCACGAGUGCUUGUCCGUUCCCACUGACCCCUGCUUCCCGGGAGGCCGCACCAACUCCAGAACAAUUCAGUGGUACCCCUGAAUUGCUGUAUCCAAGCGAUAUGUUGGACGACUUCGUUCCUACUGAUGAAAUACCGACUCUAAAUCUCGAUGGUGUAUAUGAUAUGAAGGUUGCAGAACAAGAAACAUCUGACCUCUUCUACUCAGGCAUCAAGCCAGCUGCAGGGCUUGCCUACUUCGGUGCUGAGCUCGAUGUCACGCCUUUCAAUGAAUCCUACUUCCUCGACGCCAGCCUGCAGCUGCCCCCGACUCCUCCCCUUAUCGAACACAACAAUUCUCCCCUGUCGAGUGACAGUGCUUCUCCUCUGUUGACACCUCCUCGGUCUCCAGUUGUCUUCACCAAUCCUUGGACUGCUUUCCUCACAUCCUGUUCACCGGACAACGAGCUCGAUGAGUUCUUCGUACCGUCGAUGGACUCCGUGCCAUCUUCGUUUCCGUUCCCACAUAACCCUUCCAAGGACAACGGCAUAGCCAGCUUCGCGCUCGAGGGAAUUGAUCCCGUCGGCAAAGACUCGCAACCCGAGGUUGACCUCAAUGACUGGAUCCACUUCAACUAAAAAUUUCACACACUCGCUCUGUGCUCUCACACACACUUACAUCACUCAAGUAAUAUACCACUCACGCUCACAACAUUGACGAUUUCUUUUCCACUUUACCCCCAUCUCGCACUUCUGCAUACCCAGCAAGCACGGAUC